GUCUCACAACCGUGUUGUUGUUAUUGCUCUUACUCAAAAAAAGAACACUGAUUCCAUCAUGUUCUACUAUCCCACCGUUCUGCAACGCCACACUGGAUGCUUUGCGACAAUUUGGUUGGCAGCAACUGGCGCAGCAAAACUCCUAAAGCGGGAAUACUUGAAGGUCAAUGUUCCACAAACAUGCGAGGAGAUCAUGGCAUUCAUUCUGGUCCGUGUCCCGCCACCGGUUCCGGGGGCACCCCGGCCCCGAUUCUCACUCUACCUCUCUGCUCAGCUGCAAUACGGCGUGAUCUUGGUCUACAAUCGACAAUGUCAAUAUCUUGUUGAGGAAAUCCAACACACCUUGGACCGCCUCAGCCGAGCCCAUCAACAGAUAAGGAUCGAUUUGACGGAUCUUGAGCAACCGGGGUUGCUCCUCCCGGAUCAACUGGCCCUGAUGGAGGCCUUGGAGGAAGCGCCCGAUCCCUUUUUUGGCAUGAUGGAGCCUCUGCUGCCCAGUCCUUUAUCCAUCCCUCACGUCCGAGACAUCUUGGAAGCACCGACUCCCGAGAGGAGCCCUCUGGAACGAUCUCCUCCCUCCAUCCCACCUCGAAGGGCAGGAAAACCGGUCAUCACGGUCUCUCCUGAAGUGAUCACACUCAAAGAAUCGGAGCCCAUCAGAUUGCUGAAAAUUGAAGGUGAGCAAGAUCUCCCUGAAAUCACAGCUGGAGAGAUUGACUUCUUGGUGGAGCAGGAGGGAUUCCUGAUGCCCGGUGCGGAGAAGGGACCACUGUCCCCUGAGGCUGCUCUCAGGAAAAGGCGUGCGGAGGAAGAACCUGUGGAGGAAGCCAGAGAGCGAGAGCCUGGGGUGUCCUUGGGGCUGUCCCCUCCGACAGGGAUUGCAGAGGAGACAUUGGCUGUGAAAGAAAUGGGGCUGCUGUUGAGAGAGGAGACCCGGCCCUCCAUAAGCAUCCCUCUGCAGCCUUUGGAAAUUACUCCUCCGGCAGAGGAACCGAGGUUCCCACCUUCUCCCCCUUCACCCAGGGUUAGCGCUGAGGUAGAGCAGCGCGCCCUGUUGAGUCCUGAGCUCCGUCUGCCUGACUACGAGCCGUCUCCGCAACGCCCCUCUAAGCGGCGAAGGCAGCUGCGUUUCAUAGAUGUUGUGACCCAGAUUUCCCGGGAAGAUUUCCAGAAACAGAUCUCGGAUCCGCACACGCAGUGCCAGCCACUGGAGAUGGUACUCCUGCCGGCAAAGAGAUUAAAGACUCCAGCAGAGCUGCUGGGCAAGCCAACGUAUGGAUGGAUGCACCCCACUCUCCAUGGCCUUUGGGCCCGCUGCGCCAAUGUCCAGCAGGUGAACUAUGCCAAGCAGCGAGUCGCUGAGGAGGAAGCACGAAGAGCUGAGGUUCCCAGCGAGCUUGAGGAGCUGCGAGCUGCUGAAGAGCCAAGCGGGCCUCCUGUGGGCUCCUCAGAAAUAUCCCUCGAGACAACUGAUGAAGAACCUCGUCCAAGCUUGGUGAUAACCGAAGAGAGGAUUCUCCUAGAACCAGAAGAAAGGAUCUUGCCUGUCGUGCCCGAACUCCCUGAAAUAAGUUUUGACCUGCCGCCAGCGAAGGACGUGAUCACCUUGGACUAUGUCCGCAGUUCUCGCUGCAGCUCAGAUCCUGCACUUGGAGCAAACGGAGGCUUACGGCCAGAUCAUCAUUAAACCAGGAACAAGUUUCCCUCGCAGCUAGCAAAUUCUGCUCCAACUCUGGCAUAGCUCAUCCACAAGGGGAGCUUUGCCGUUCUGACACUGUGGCCC